GGUUAUACAAGUUCGUGACAUAUAUAUUGUAUGUUGGUACCAACUUGUCGUAAGUACAUUGAAUAUUUAAGAAGCGCCAGCCAUUCAAACCUAACUCAACAAAGUUGUGGUUGCUAGUAAAUUCUCGAGUUAGAAGCCUUAUAUAUUUGAUUUUUUGGGUUACAGUCUAUUGCGGAUUUCUUAUUUUAAACGUGAGUGUAUUUCUCCAGUAUCUUUUUGUGUUUUUGUUCAGUUUUCCUCUGUCGACGUGAUGCUUCAGAUAUAGAUACACAAACGACCUUCAGCUGAUUUCACUUCAGAGAAAUUGUUUCAGUAGAAAACUAAAUAUGACAAAGAAAUGUAGUGAAGUUAUAAGUUAUGAAAAUAAAUAACAAGCCUGCACAUAUAAAUCAUCUGGAUCCUUACUACUAAUCAAUAGUUACCACUAUGCUUCACGUGUGCAUCAGACCCUCGUUGUUUAUCGAUUAUACUGACUAGUUACCCUCCAUACGGAACUUCUCAAUGCAUUCGAAAGUAGAAGUUAUGCGUAAUGGUAACGAUCUCAAGUAUUUCAUAGUGUCGAGAAAUAUCCCACAAGGUUUUCUCAUCCUCGUUGUCAUAUGCUUCCUCGUAAUUAAAGAUGUUGAUGGAUAGAGAGAAAAUAUCAUUAGGAAUUUAGAACCUCAGAAUUUGGGGGAAGACAAAUAACUGAUUCACCUGGGUCAUCGGGAACGAUUUCGAGCCAUAUCAUUCAGUCUCUAAUCAUUGGUUCUGAUAAUCAUAUGGACCCUAACCAGAUAGUUUGAACCUACUAACAUGACUAAGUUCAAUUGUCAGUGACUUUAUAGACUGAUGACAUGUUUUUGGUUAACCCGCCCCUGAUUUUCUUCCAACCUACUCCUACACAAGAAAGCAUCCCCCAUCAAGAUAGGCGGUGGUUGAGCAUACGUUACACAUGUAUUCUGUCGAUGAAAUUCCAAUGGGAUCACUAGUUUAAGUGGCUUGGUAUGUGAUCAUUGCGUUUUGAUGUUAAGUGGUCGUAGACAGUUGGUAAGAAAUUUAGACUACUUUCACUUGUCUAACAUGUUAGAGUUUAUGUUAAAUUUACAUGAAGAACUUACGAUAUCUUGACUCACGCGUUCCCAUUAAAUGGUUAUAAAUGAACCAGUUAUGGUAUUAUAAUUUCAGUUUAGACUGUUCUUACCGCUGUCAUGUAUCUAUCUCACUAACGAUUAGGGAGAACUAUAAAUUAGACUUUUAUCCAAUACUUAAACUCACAGUUCACUUUUAAAUAGCUAAUAAAGUUGCGAAAAUGAUCAAGUUCUUAUUUUCAUUAGAGGAACUUCUAUUAUACUCCUUUAGACUAACUUUUGUAUACAAAAAAGGAAGCACAAUUCUUUCACUAGCCUAGUAGCUGCAAUUUUAUUUUGUAAGGCAAUUUCAUUUUCUUUCAAUACCAACUUCAACUAGGUAAUUAUUUACUGACUAAUAUAGUGAAAUGAAACCAUACUUAUUCUACUAACCCUUUGCUAAAAAGGAAGUGGUUGAAAGUUGAGUGCUCUAAUCAAUCAGUUAUUAUCCGGCUAUGGUUCAAAGUUCACUCUCAUAACCUCAAUGAAUAGGUGGGAUUAAAGUAGAGGCGUAUUGUGUAAUUAAGCGUUAUUUGUUAUCUGUAUCAUCUAUAAAAACCUUACUGUUUUGAUAUCGGAUGAUACAUGCUGUAGAUAGAUAGAUAUAGAUAAUCUGAAACGAGGAAGGGCAAAUGGACUGGCUCCAGAAGUCUUUAAGGAUGGUGGUCCAAUUUUAGCGAUUAGGUUGACUAAUAUUUUAGCUAAGAUCUGGGAGUUAGACGUUAUUCCAUCUGACUGGUCACAAUCACUUAUCGUCCCAAUAUAUAAGAAAGGGUCAAAGUCAUCCUGUGACAAUCACAGAGGGAUUAGUUUAACUAAUAUAAUAUCUAAAAUACUAGCCUCAAUAAUAAUCAGACGCCUAACUAAGACUCGUGAACUGCAAACACGAGAAAACUAAGCUGGCUUCAGACCUGGUCGUGGCUGCAUCGACCACAUAUUCACCAUUCGUCAGGUUCUAGAACACAGGCAUACUUAUCGACGUCCGACGAUGGUGGUCUUUCUUGACUUAAAAGCAGCAUUUGACUCUGUAGACAGCGAGAUUCUGUGGCAGUAUCUGUCAUUGAAAGGCGUACCCCAGAAGUACAUAAACCUUGUAAAGGCUUUUUACUCGAACACUACUAGUCGAGUGAGAGCUUAUGGCGAACUGUCAUCUACUUUUGCAACCUCAAGUGGUGUCCGUCAAGGAUGUCCACUUUCCCCAUUUUUGUUUAACUUCAUCAUAGAUCUACUGAUGGAAAUAACUUUCUCGUCGACUGAGUUCUCGGGUAUUGAUCUCCAUCCAGGAGGUCCACUUAUCGACUUAGAAUACGCAGAUGACAUAGUCCUGUUUGGUGAAGACGCUGACAAAAUGCAGUCUUCUGGUAGCACUGAGCAACAAUGCCAGGAUGUUUGGAAUGCGCUUCUCUCCCUCUAAAUGCAAGUUGUUGCUUCAGGACUGGUCUGCGUUAACACCUGAACUAAGGAUAGGGAGUGAAGUAGUCGAACGCGUUGACAACUUCACUUAUCUUGGAAGUCUGAUCAGCCCUAAUGGGUUGGUAUCGGACGAAAUCUCAGCACGGAUUCGAAAAGCUCGUUUGGCUUUUGCUAACUUACGUCACCUGUGGCGAAGGCGAGAUAUCCGUCUAUCAAUAAAAGGACGAGUAUACUGCGCGGCAGUCCGUUCUGUUUUAAUUUACGGCAGCGAAACAUGGCCAUUAAGAGUAGAAGACACUCGUAAGCUAUUAGUAUUUGACCACAGAUGCCAUGUUAGACGAUGUCUCUCCUUAUGCUUAAAAUUUGUGUUUGCUAAAAAUAAGCGAUUGUCUGAGCACAGUUGCAGCAGACGGUCACCAUUAUCUGUUCGCUGUGCCGGAAUGCUAAAAUAUCCACCUAAAUGCCUUUCUGUUUGGUUUAAGCUACCUAUCUGAGCAUUAAAGUCACCUGCUACGAAUACUAUGUCUGAGCGUUUAGCUUUCUGAAGAAGUUCAGAAAGCUUUCUGUAAAAUUCAUCUUUUACAUCAUCUGAGCUGCAGUCAGUGGGAGCGUAGGCAGAAACGACAAAAAGGCAACGACGUGUGUCCCUAUCCUUCCGAGUUCUUACGGAGCCGUUUAGCCGAACAGCACAUAGACGACUGUUGACGGGGAUCCACUCUAGCAGUGCUUGUUCCGCCCUCAUGCUUAGUGCUAUGCCUACACCUGCCAGUCCACGAGAACUGGCCAUCGGGUCGCCAGAUAGACGUAGGGUUUAUCUCGUUGGCUCUCCGUUUUGCCGAGGUGAGGUCAAGUGAAUGACCACACUGGAAUCCUGUAUGCGUGUUUCGGAGACACAGCAUACAUUAAUGGAAAGAGACUCUAGGGUUUUAGCCAAGGAAGCCUGCUGACCGAUUUGACAUAGAGUGCGUACGUUGAAAGCUCCAAUGUGUAGUUUGGAGCGAGGUUUCAGUAGACUUGGGACAGAGUUUUGAGCACUAGAAUCGUUGGCUAUGGUGACACUUGAGGAAGAAGCCGAAGGAGGAAGUUUAGGGUUGAAAGUCGAUGUAGGAGGAAUAAUAGGAAUUGAAGAGGAAGGUUGAUUAUGAAUACAGUGGUCUUGGGUGCUGUUAGAGGUAUGAGGGUGGUUAUCACUUCCCGGUUGCCCACACCGUGGAAGGGUUGUUCUGGAGGUACCUGAAAAGGAAAUUGGAUUAGAGGCGGUCUCAGCGACCUGAGAGCGUGACCGCAGUGCCCAAGGGACAACUGCUUGAGGCCGGUCGCGCACGGCCUUUUCGUGGAACGUUUUUGACGUGUUAGCUCCGUUCUUCAAAGAGCCUUACCGCCAGAGACGGAAAUCCGUGAGGUAAGGUGAGGUGUGCAUUUUUAGGGUCGACCUUUUCUAACCCCACCCCUCCUUGUGGGAAGGCAGCAUCGCUGUCAUGCUGGUUGUCUGAAGGAAACACCUUACUGCUGUCACACCCCUGGACAGUCAGCAGUACGACUUCGCCUUCGGACCUUGGGUUUGUUGCUUUUAGUCUUACCGCUCUUCAACCGACCUGUCUGACAUGGUAGGACCUUGAGGAACGGUUGUUCCAGCCAGUAUAGCUCGGUUGCUUCAUCACGAUAGGCAAGCCCGACCACCACGUCAAGGUAGCAACAACGGUCGGGUUAAACUAAGAGAUUAAAAUCGCUUCAUAUCUUUCUUUCUACGAACCAAUUCUUUCUUCUUGUACUAUAUCUCUAUAUGCAAUCUUUCUCUUAUAUAUUACCACCUUUUACCUAACCACUGUUAUGAAUCCGGUGUUCAUCUUGUUGUGCUGAUGCGGUAUGGCAACCUGGACCGAUGCACACAUGUGCCUGGUCUUACGUUGUAGCUGACUGACUGACAUAAUCGAUUAUUUUAUACAUUUGGUUAGGCACAUUGUUCGUCGGGAGUAUUUACGACCUACUCUCAGAUCAACGGAUUUUUGGAAAUGGAUACGUUAUCGGAAAGUGACUUCAAUUUAUCCGAAUCACUGAAAUCUUAUCCAACGUUUGCUUCUAUGGGGUUAAAAGAAAACCUUUUGAAGGGGAUUUAUGCCUACGGAUUUGAAAAACCCUCCCUUAUUCAACAGAAAACUAUCAAACAAAUAACUUUAGGGAGAGAUUUAAUUGCACAAGCUCAAAGUGGGACUGGAAAAACUGCAACAUUUAGCAUAGGAACUUUGCAAAACAUUCUCCCCGAGAUCUGUCAAAUUCAAGUGCUAGUCUUGGCACCCACACGCGAAUUGGCUUUCCAAAUACAUCAUGUUAUGUCAUCAUUGUCUGAUUACUUGUCUAUCAGAUGUGUCGCUUGUUGUGGUGGGCGAAACAAUACUAUGCAAAUGGCUCGCGAACUUGAUAAGGGAGUGCAUGUUGUCGUUGGUACUCCAGGUCGAAUAUUGGAGCUUCUUCGACAAGGUAACAUACGUUUAAAUAAACUACGUUCUUUGGUUUUGGAUGAAGCUGAUGAAAUGUUAAAUAGAGGAUUACACGAUCAGUUAGAGGAGAUAUAUCGCCGCCUCCCAUCUCAUACUAAUUCGAAUAACAAAAAGUCUCUCAAUUGUCAAAUUGUUAUCAUCUCAGCUACAAUGCUUAAAGAGCAUUUAGAAUUGUUUCAAAAUUUCACAUCUAAUCCUGUUUGUGUUCUUGUACCGAGAGACGAACUUAGUCUUUCUGACCUUCAGCAAUUCUACAUAGAUGUUGGCUCAGAGGAAUGGAAAUUUGAAGCGUUAAAUGAUUUAUUUUCCAGUGUCUGUGUUUCACAAACUGUUGUCUUUGUUAAUACUCGACGAAAAGUUGAGUGGCUUGCAAGUCAGUUGAAACGAGAAGGUUUUACAGUGGCUGCUGCUCACGGUGAUCUUGAUCAAAGCCAACGAGAGUCAGUUAUGAAACAAUUUCGUUCUGGCGAAUGUCGUAUUUUAAUCAGUAGUGAUAUGUGGGCUAGAGGUAUUGAUGUUCAGACAGUGGGAUUAGUUGUGAAUUUUGAUUUGCCAAUGAAUACCAGUGAAUACUUACAUCGUAUAGGUCGUUCUGGGCGUUUUGGACGUACUGGUUUGGCUGUUAGUUUUAUUGCCAAUGCUGAGGAACGUAAACAGCUUUUAGAAAUUUGCAAUUAUUAUCAAAUUGCUAUUCCACCAGCACCAGCUCGUUUGGAUAAAAUGUUAGUCAUUAAUAAUUCUGUACAAAGUUCACCUAAAAUAGCAAAUUCACCAUGUAAAUCUGAUACAAGCAACGGCCAACCUGUAAAACACCAUCAACUUGCUAAACAUUUAAAACGUAAGAAAAAACAACACAAGAGGAAAAAAAACUUGAAAAUUGCAAAAUAAAAUAAACUUUGUACAUCUGUUUCUAUAAAUUUAAUGCAUAUUGCCUUUUAGUGUUUUGAAGAUCAAAGGUUUUAUGUCUAAUCUGUAAUUGCUUUCAUGAAGGUUGUUAAUAACAGUUCAAGUCCAGUCUUUCCUAGUAAAAAUGACAGUAAACGGUAUCUGUAUAUUUCAAACCACCAAUAAUUUCGACCAAAUGGACAUACUGUCACCUUAUAUGCAGGUGAUAAUUUCAAUAUUAUCGACACUACUUCAGCAUAAUUAAAAUAUCCAGUCUGAAUAUAUAUAAAUAUAUUUUAUUCAUAUGUUUUAAUCAUGUACAAAAAUUCAAAAAAAUUUGUCUAUCGAUUAUAAACUUUGUCGUGUUUAAUUUACUUUAAAUCAUUUUUUUCCACUACUAUUUUAUCAUUACCUUCGCUAAUGUACUCGAGGUCAAUCAAUCCUGUAGCUAUCAUUUCC